CAUAUCACACGCUCACACAGAGCACACAUGAAGUAUGCUCAGGAUGACACGGACAAGUGCAGCAUUUAGUAUUUUACUCUUUUUACUUCAUACUGCUUCUGGAGAGAGUUGUUGUACCUCGGCAGAUGGGGAUGGGACCUUUGGAGAUGACGAACUAGACAACCCUGAGAUUGAUUGUUUCAGCCAGCUGGAAAUUGUCUCUUCCCUUCAUGCCUUAAUUUGCAGCUUUUCAGAGCCAAGUCUUAAUAACACUAACUUUCAAAUUGUUUCAUGUAUCAGUGAAGAAAGAAUAGAGAAGUGUUCACAAAUGAAGAAGCAGGAAAGCACAUAUUCUUUGGAGUUUUCCCAAAUCCUUCUGCCUAGACGUGUUUGUGUCAUCCUCGAGUCAAAAAGAAAGUACUGCAGUAGUCUCAAAGUAAUCAGUAUUGUAAAACCUGAGAAACCAUUUAAUGUAACAAUCACAUUCCAAGAGGCUGCAAAUGAGUAUCUUGUUCAAUAUAAGACGCCACAUUCAACAAAGAGAUAUCUAAGUGGUAAAUUAAUACACCAAAUAUCCUAUCGGUGGCAAAAAGGGAGUUGGAGUACCAUAGAGUCUCAGUAUCUUCAGAUAAAAUUACUGGGGAGAAACCUUGAAAUGGGUGCAGUGUAUGAACUGAAAGUGCGCUCAAAGCCCAAUGGAAAUUUUUUCAAUGGCACAUGGAGUGACUGGAGCACCUCUGAAUUCUUCACCACAGAGAUGAAACCUCCCCUGGAGAAAAACAGCGACAUGAUAAUGGUUACCCUGUGCACUGUGGGCUUCAUCUUUUCAGUCAUUGUGAUUGUUCUGAUCCUAACAUUUUGGAAAAACAGAAUCAAGCCCCUUGUAUGGCCAAAUCUUCCCGACCACAAGAAAACCUUGGAACAGCUGUGCAAAAAGCCAAAAAAUCAAUUUGAUACCAGCUUUAACCCUGAAAGUUUUGGAUAUGUCCAUAUCCAUAAAGUUGACAACAUUCAAGCCAAAACAGAAACAGAAUGUUUCCUGCAGCCAUCAACUCCUCCAGAAGCAGAUGUUCCUGAAAAGGUUAAGAGUGGAUCAGAGCUGAAGAGCAGCCCCAUUGGAACAGGUACAUGUAACCUAAAGCUGCUGUUCACUUAUGGAGGAAUCUGGCCAUCUGAUGCUUUGAAUGGGUGCUCAUGUCCAACUCUGCUUCCCAAUGGUGUUGGAUUCAGCAGUGCCAUCACAUAUCCAGAGGGCAGCAGCUCGGGCAAGCAAUGGCGUAACGAUGAUGUCAGGACCCACUCCAGCUCUGCAAUGGAUGCCAUGACUCAGCACAGGUCAGGACCCCUAAAUAUGAGCAUAGCAUCCCAGACACAGCCCAAUAAUGAAAUUAGGUCAUCAAAUAAAGAUGAAGCCUAUGUCACAAUGUCCAGCUUCUACAAAAAUCAGUAAACCAUGAAAAAUAUAGCAACGUAAGAUAUGAUGUCAUACAGCAGACUAAGGAACCUUUUUGUUUGGGUCUCCUACCUCUGGAUGAUUGUCUCAGUAAACAACAAAACUCAAUAAUGCACCCAUCUUGUGCAAUGCUAGACUCAUUAGACAGUGAACAUUUUUAGGAUUCCAUGAUUAAUUAAUGUCUCAGUCAAACCAUUGAUGGUCUGUAGUAAAUCCAUUGUAGCAAAAAACCCCCAAAUUUGUCCCAGUCAGUGAUAGCUUUAAUGAAGUUUGAUUAAUCCAUAAUAGCAACUUUGCACUUGUUUAGUGAGCUCAUCAGAGAUCCAGAAGGUAGUUCUCACAUGUUAGUAAGCUCUCAGUCUUCAGAGUUAUAAUUUAUGACCAGUUUAUUGAUGGUCAUAAAAUCCCUGGCACAAAAAAGUGCUACAGAAUCUAACUUGGUUAAGUAGAGCCUGAUCUCUCUUAUGCUGGGGUAACUCAGGAGUAACUCAGGUAAAGUCUGUGAAGUUACACUGCUUUACAAAAAUUGUAACUGAGAACAGACUCUGGCUGGAUUAAUUUGGGUUUCAGAAUCUGAGUUUGAUCAUUUCCCACUCAGCAAAAUGUAGAUGGAGGCAGCUCUGCUCCAGCAGGAAAGGGAGCACAUGGAAUUACUUUCUAAUAACAUCUUUGAUAACUUCAUACGUAAUGCUGACAUACUGUUAAGAUACCUAGAACCAUGCUCCCAUAACCAUGGGAAGGGCUCUUUGGAUGCAUAGUACUUGAGACAAAAAAAAAUCCUAUUUCUUGAUGUCCAAAAAAAGCUUAAAUAUGCCUGGAGCCCAUGUGGAAGAUAUGGACAGUGGUGAGGAAGAAACGUGUCUAAUACAUGUAAAUUUACUCAUGUUGGUUUUAUGUAGAGAUGGAAGUAAAUGAACCCCUUUGGUGGAACCACGCCUCGACUCUGGGAUACAAAUUUAGGACCAUCCUCUCGUUUUAGGUAUUCUGAAGCUUUAUUAUUUAUUUACUGAGGGAAAAAAAUGAGCCAAAUUCUUUGCUGGCUUUGUUAACUUCCAAUGAUCUGUGUGAAGGAUAUAGCUGCUUCUUGCUGUGUACUUGAGUCCUUUAGUAUCAAUUAAAACAGUUACAGAGAAACAACAUUACAGUUCAACUAACCCAGCAUUCCAUUUUUAUUAGUUUAAACCAGGGGUUCUCAAUCCCUGGCCUGCAGGCCAGAGCCGACCCCCAGCACCAUGUUAUUUGGCUCCACUCCUCUGCUACCACAUUUACAGACUUGUGAUAAGCCCCAUGGGCCAUAUAGUGUGGCCCCACACACUAGAUCAGGCACACAGGGUGGCAUGGGGCCUGAUACCAGUGUCUGGGGCCAGGCAGGGGCAAUGCCGGCUCCCAGUUCCUGAGCUCGGCUUGUAGGACCUGAUCUCGGCACUGGGGUGCCAGCCAAGACUGCACAGGACCUGAUCCAGGUGUGCAGGCCCAGCAGAGGCAGUGCAGGGCCCAAUCCUGGCAUGGAGGGGCCCAAUCCAGCCUGCGGACCUGCACCCCAGGACCAAAAGCGCCACCAGUCUAAACAGGAAAUACACAUAAAAAACAAAUAACACAGGUAAAGAUGAAAUAUGGCAAUAUGUUAAGGGGGGGGGUUAUGGUGAUUAAUAUUAAUUAUAUAUUAAAAUAAUGUGGUGAAUCCCUGGUGGGUGCAAACUGGCCUAGCUGCAGUGAGAUGUGUAUAUAGGAGAUGUGUGACUUCUGUUUUCUUUGACCUCUGAUGAUGUAUUAGUGCAGCCUGUGAGUAUUUCCCAGGUGGGUAGGACUGAAUUAUCAUGAUUCAUUCAUUAUCACCAGUCUCUGUGACUAAGGCGUUGUAGACUGUGUGCCUGGGCUGGUAAUUAUUCAUGACUGCUUUGCAAAAGUUGGGUUAGCAAAUGGAAAAUAAAUUAAUAGAUUCUGCUACUGGCUGUAGGGUCUGUUUUUCAAGGGGCAUUCUGCACAUCUCAUAAUCUGUCCAGUGCCAAUGUCCGAGGAAUACUCAGUAUUUACUACUGAAGGGGGAAACCUGCCCCUGCCUACUUGCCCUACUCUAGCCUCAGACCAUGGGGUACUUAUAUGCUACAACAUAGACAUCAAUUAUGCGCACCCACUGGGAUCAUAGUCAGCCUGGAGAAGGUGCAUGGGAGUUGCAGGAGCUGCUAUAGCCUCAUGAUUGCAUGACAGCCAAUGAGUAGGGCCUUGGGAGAUCCCAGCUGCUUUACUGUGUAUCAGUUCUCUUUGCAAUGUCUCAGUUCCCAUAGCUGCUUCAAAGUCUUUUUUAGGGAGGUCUAUCUAUGUGCCACAAUGAGUGCAAUACAAAGUAGUUCCUACAGGCAGUUUAUGUUUUAUAUGCCACAGAAAGUACCGAACACAAAUCCUUCUUUUAUUCAUUCUCAUAUGAAAUUAAAAAGAGAGAAAGCAGUCAUCAUGCUAUCCCAGUCACACUGGAUUCUAGAUGUCUAUGUGUUAUAUGCCUUUUACUCUCCAAAGCAAAUGAAGAAAAACAUCCACUUACAUGCACAUAAGUGUGUUUGGAUGAACUCUGCUAAGCACAGAAGCUUAGAACAUGGAAAGGUGGCCGUCAGCCUCCGGGCUGCUCGGACUGUCUCUAAACAGCCAGCGAGAACUCGUGAAAAACCACUGCGUUAACCAGAGACAGCUGCAACGCAUCAGUACCCCAGCUGGCCACACCCUGGCAAACACCUUGUCCUGUGGGGAUCCUCCACCAGGAACAGUGUUGUAGUCUCUGCAGAAGUGCUGGGAAUGUGGCUCCAAACAUUUAUGAUGUUUUGCAGUUUUGUUUUUCAUUCCUGUUUCUUGCCAAGUGGUAAAACAAUAUCAUCUGAUCAAACUGGAUGUGAAUCCAUUUGCUUGAAAAUGCUUCUGUUUAAUAAAAAAAAAGCUGCUGCUAAUGCUUGGAUAUAAGCAUAGUGCGAACAUAGGUGCAGACAUUGUGUCGGGAACAUACAGUAUCUAGCCCUGGGAACGCAACACCAAAUACAAAGAGGAAGAAAGAACAUGUAAAACCUAAUACUACACAACUCAUGUAUCCUGCUAUACAUAUUUUAAACUCACACACUUUGUUUUAAGGAGACACAAGCAUCUGCACUUUUAAAAAAUAAGGCAUUUAUGAAAGAACAGCUCUACUGUGCAUGCCAGAAAAAAUGUGGUUGCUCUUUUACAAAGGCAUCUUUUUGUAAACAUUUAUCUAAUUAUUUUAAUACCAACAAACUAUCUACGUGGGUGUGUGUGUAUACAGACACAGACAUGCUCUUCAUAUGCAGUAGGUAUAUUUUUGCAUCACUGCUAUUGUUUAAAUACUCAUUAUAUUUGUGUCUUAUUUAAUUGAAUAGCAUGUAACCAUGGUUUUUAUGUUUUUACCAUAUUAAAGAAUGUAACAGCAUUACGUAUUCA